AUGAGCGCCGUCUGUCUCUCACUUGUUCCCAUCCUUCGUUGCAUCGCGCUCUCUAGACUCGAGACAGGCCUCCUUCUGAUCCCUCCGGCCCUCGAGGUCGUGUUUUCCCUGGGCUUGGUGUUUGCAGGAUGGGGUGCGGGCAGGCGACGGUUCCUUUUGGCGGCGGAGGGCCCGAUCUACUUCCUCCUCUGUCUCCUGGACCUCCUGUCCCAUCUCAUCCCCGCGCUCGCCGACUCCCUCGCUGCCUUCAGAGCACUUGACAUUCUCAUCGCGGCCGCCUCCUUUCUCCCCAUUCUCCUCUAUACUUCCUUUCUUUAUUCCUUCAAGCGCGCCGAGUUCUUCCCCAGCUUUCCUCGACGCUUUCGCACCUUCGCCAUUCUCUUCUCCCUCGUAAUCAUUCCAUUCAUCGUCGCCACCAACGAAAUCGGCUCCUUCAUUGGCAACACAUAUCGGCUUGUCAACUUUCCGGGGUCGUCAAAGGCCCAGCCCGCCAUCGGCUCUAAUGACCCCACCAUUCAAUUCGUCCGCGUCUUCUUCAACAGCCUCUCUCUCGCUCUCAUGACAGUAUACCAACUCGCUACGUUUGCGGUAGCAUUCGUUCGCCUCGCUCGCGCCUUCCUCGGCCAACGAACCAUCGAAGCCUCCUCAGGUACCUCGCAGGUGUCUUACCUCUUCCGCGGAACAGGCUGGAUCGCCGUCGGCGUAAAGCUCGGGGCGAUCGAGAGCGUCAUCGGGUUUGCACAGGGCGACUUUGGCAUUUUCUUCUUGCGUCGGCUACUCAGGAUGCUCGGUAGGGCGUGUCUCAUUAUCGGUGUGGUCCGAGGACCGGAUACGCUGGAAAACUUCCAAAUGCUCGAUGCGGAACUGCGGGGCGGACGAGAGAAACAUCGCUCGACGCGGUUCAUCACGAUAUCAGGACCCGUGGCGGCGGGCGACACCCGCCAACGCAACUCGCACACGUCCACGAACCCUUCGUCUUUCCAGCCUAUCGCGACUUUCUCCACAUUUGGACUCAAGCAGCCCUUCAACCCCAUGACGCCCUCCUCGCUUGGCGCGCGCUUCCCCCUCGACAACGCACCGCCAUUGCCUACAAUUAUUCCCAACGCAUCUGCGGCUUUCGCACGCCCACGGCCGCAUCCGCUCACGCUGAUGCCGCAGGGACAACGUGUCACAGUCUUCCAGCGGCACAACCGCGCACCGACACUCAUCCUCCGUCUUUCCGACACCGACCUUCCCUCGCCCUCGACGAUCAUGGGCCACACGGCUCUGGAGCUCGAACGAGAGGAUCCCAAGUCCCCGCCGAUGUCUGUCGGAUCCAGCAUGGACACCAAGGUCUCGCACGUCGCCAAGUCCGUCGCUAGCGCGCCCCUUCCGCUCCUCGCGCGCCGCAUCUCCGCCGCCCGCGGGUCCGGGUACGGCCCCGUCUUCCCCGUGCCGUCCGUGACGCGCAACUGGAGCACGAGCGCGGCGGACGCGGCGCGGAGUCGUGCGCGGCCCUUGGCGCAGGAGCUCCCGCGGUACAUGCGCAGCAACGCGUAUGCGGGGCGCGCGCGCGUCAUGUCGGCGAGCAGCCUCGCGUCUGACUCGCUCGACGUCGUGCAGGACCUGUCCUCACGCUUCUCGAGCAUCCCGCCGCGCGUCACGACCCGCGCUGCGCCGCGCUACGACGGCGCCGCGUACGGCUACGGCUACGACAACGCGUACGGCAGCGUCCUAGAGGAGCGUGCCGACACCGCGCGCAGCCUCGAGCGCGACAACAGCGGGAAGAGCACCGGCUCAGUCUCACGCGGCACUGGCUCCGCCAAACGCAAGCCUCCCCCAGUCAUCCGCGCGUCCAUGCUGCCGCCACUAGAGGUGCCGCCACCGCGCGCAGGCAUCGAAGCCUCCGCCUACCCGAUCUCGCCCCCGGACACCCUUUUCGGGAGCGAAUUUGCGCCGUAUCGCGGCCCGGCCGAGUUUGACCGCGAUCCGCGCGCCUCCGCGGCCCUGACGCUGCCGGAGAGCAUCCACUCCGGGCAGUGGAUGUCCCCGGGGGGCUCCGCAGGGCCCGCCUCCCCUCCCGACGUCGAGGCGUACCGGCGCGGGCCGCCCACCGACCCUACGCCCAUCACCGCGAGCGACCGCGCGCUGACGAGCGCGGGCUCGACGGAGAUGGAGAUCCCGUGGCUCAUCAACACGGAGCUCGCGGACGAGACGGAGACCGCGUGGCGCAACUCGCUGUCCGUGCCCUACUCGGCCGUCGCGCCAUCGAGCAUCGCGUCGCCGCCUGGUGAAUACGCGCGCGGCGAGUCCGUGCUCGGCGCGCUGGCGCCCCCGCGGACGCGGAUCAAGAGCAUCGGGCGCGCGCCGCGGCGGCGCACGCCGACGCCGACGAGCGUGUCGUUCUCGCGGGACAGCGUCGCGCCGACGGUGGAGGAGCUCCCCGUGGAUGCAGUCGAGCGCGCGAGCCGCCGCGCGUCGGCGGCGACGGCGCGGUCCGGCAGGUCGGGCAAGUCGUCUAGGUCGGGGAGGUCGGUGCUGGUGAAGAGCAGGACGGGCUCCGACGCGGCGCGCGCACCUGCCGGGGCGGCGCUGACGAGGCAGGAUUCGGGGGUGCUCGGGAAGGAGGAUCAGGAGUACGUGCGGAGGAGCUUUAUCGAAGCGGACGGGCGGUGA